CAUUCAGAGCCAUUUCAUCAUCAAACUUCAUUAACAUCUUUUAAACCUAGUUUCUUUUCGACCCUUUUCGUUACCUCUCACCCGCGCUUUUUCAUCUUCUCCCAACCCUAGCUUCCUAUUUUCUCCCACUUUCCCUUUCUUCCUCUUAGAUCUCGUUGCUCUCCGAAUGGACUUUGGUGGUGGACGCAAGAGAGUGAGGCCCGAGGCUUCCUUGAACGGCAAUGGCGGCUUCAAGAAAUCCAAGCAAGAAAUGGAGUCCUUUCCAACUGGUAUAGGAAGCAAAUCAAAGCCAUGCACAAAGUUUUUCAGCACUUCUGGGUGCCAAUUUGGUGAGAGCUGUCACUUCUUGCAUUAUGUUCCGGGUGGCAUCAAAGCAGUGUCUCAGAUGCUUGGUAACAACCCGGCUCUUCCUGCAGCUGCCAGAAAUGCAGUAGCCCCACCAUCCUUCCCUAAUGGCGCAUCUCCUCCAGCUAUAAAGACCCGUUUGUGCAGCAAAUUCAGCACUCCUGAAGGUUGCAAGUUUGGCGAUAAAUGCCAUUUUGCUCAUGGUGAGUGGGAGCUUGGCAAGCGGACUGGUCCUACUUACGAGGAUCCCCGUUCCAUGGGAGGUAUGCCUGGAAGGAUGGCUAGCAGAAUGGAGCCUCCCUCACCAGGUUUUGGUGCUGCAGUCAGUUUCGGAGCAUCUGCCACUGCCAAGAUCAGCAUUGACGCAUCUCUUGCUGGAGCUAUUAUCGGGAAAAAUGGUGUGAACUCAAAGCAUAUAUGUCGGGUUACAGGAGCCAAGCUUUCUAUAAGGGACAACGAGUCGGAUCCUAGUUCAAGGAACAUUGAGCUGGAGGGAACAUUUGAUCAGAUCAAGCAAGCCAGUGCAAUGGUUCACGAACUGAUUUUAAAUGUCGGUUCGGCCUCUGGAAGCAGCAUGAGGAACACUGCUAGGAGUGGGUCCGGCUCGGGGAACAACUUUAAGACUAAGCUUUGCGAGAACUUCUCUAAAGGAUCCUGCACUUUUGGUGAGAGGUGCCACUUUGCUCAUGGAACCGAAGAAUUGCGCAAUACGGGAAUGUAAAUUCCUCAAUAAUAUUGUAUUGGGUAAGAACUCUUGCUUUAGCCUUUGGGUUAUUUCGGUGUAGUUUAAUGUGUUUUGUAUUAUUCCCCCCCCCCCCCCCCCGGAUGGGAAUGUAGCUUGGAUUGCAAUAAAUUUCUUAUAUUUAAUUAUAA